AUGUUAGAACCUCCAAAACUUUCUGAGGAUGGUACUACUACAUAUAAUUGGUCUAUAAGACCACGAAGGGGUCAUUCCGCUCUUUACGCUGGAAUUCAUUCCUUAGCUAAAGAUUGGGAUAGUUACCACAUUGGUUUCAUAGGUCAAAUUUUUGAUACCGAAGAAAAGCCAAUUGAGAAUAGUUCUUUUACCGAGGAUCUUAAGAAAAGUUUGCAGGACUUUUUAUUGAAAAAAAAAAUUGUGCCGGUAUUUCUUGAAGAUGAACAACAUCACGGCCAUUAUGAGGAAAAUCAAAAUUGGAUACAAUAUCGCGCUGUCAAUCAAGCAUUUGCCGACAAAAUCAAAGAAAUUUAUCGUCCAAAUGAUUUAGUUUGGAUUCAUGAUUACCAUCUUUUGUUGAUACCUCGUAUGUUACGUGAUUUGCUUCCUGAUGCCGCUAUUGGCCUCUUCAUUCAUGCUCCUUUUCCAAGUUCUGAAAUAUUUAGAUGUUUACCGCGUAACAAUUGUACUCGUAUCCUUGGUUAUGAAUCAACUCCAAGUGGUGUCGAUGCUAAAGGUUCAUUAGUAUCUGUUGGUCCUUUUCCCAUCGGUAUAGAUGCUGAAAGAGUUGAAAAGCAAAGAAAAAAUCCAGAAGUUGCUCCAAAAAUUGCUGCAUUAAGGGAACUACAUUCUGGAAAACAAAUUAUUGUUGGUAGAGAUAAGCUCGAUUUAGUUAAGGGCGUAAUUCAAAAAUUACACGCUUUUGAAAAAUUUUUGUCUGAAUAUCCUGAAUGGCAACAUAAGCGUAGAGUCGCCGAGCUUAUUGCUCAUAUAAAUGGCACUUAUGGUUCUCUCAAUUAUACUCCUGUUCAUCAUCUUCAUAGCCUAAUUGAACAAGAUGAAUAUUAUGCUCUUUUAAGCGUUGCUGAUAUAGGUUUGAUUACAUCAGUUCGUGAUGGAAUGAAUACUACUUCUUUAGAAUAUGUCAUGUGUCAACAAGAAAAUUAUGGCCCACUCAUCUUGAGUGAGUUUACUGGAAUGGCUGGUUCUUUGGGUGCUGCUAUUAUGGUAAAUCCAUGGGAUUAUAGUGGCGUAGCUAAAGCCAUAAAUGACGCUCUUACUAUGAGUUAUGAAGAAAAACAAAACAAACAUAUGUAUCCUGAAAGUGAUAAAUGGAUUAAUCUCACCGCAGAUAUUGAUAUGAGCUGGACGAAUGCUGUUAAUAAGAUUUUCAAAUACUUUACAGACCGUACGCAAGGUUCAUCCGUUGAACAAUGUCAAAAUCAUUUGGAAAGCGCAAUUCUACCAAAAUUACCUGUAGAAAUUUUGCUAGGCAAGAAAAAUCUUGAAGUUCGUCCAACAUUAAUUAACAAGAAAAGCACCACCAAAGUUAAUGCUAAAUAUUUAAAAUUGGCUCGUUUAAGCAUUGAUGAAUAA